CCGGGGAGGAAGCCGGAGAACAGGUUAUGUGGGGGCCGGCGGGGGCAUUUGCCAGCGACACCGCGCGCGGGCCGGAAGUGCAGGCUGCGCCAGCCGCGCCGCAGGAGCUCCGGGCUCGACGGUGGCGACGGCGGCCCCUCGGCGGGAGGAGGACGAUGAGGAGCGGCGGGGGCGGCGCGGGGCCUCGCUGCUGCGCGGAGCCGGGUUCCGAGCCCGCGGCCGACUGCGCAGCCCGCCCGCGAGCCUGAGGUACCUGCGUGGAGCUACCAUGGAAAAGUCCUGGAUGCUGUGGAGCUUUAUUGAAAGAUGGCUGCUAGCUGUGGCGUCCUGGUCUUGGGCUCUCUGCCGCAUCUCUCUUUUGCCUUUGAUAGUGACUUUUCACCUGUAUGGAGGCAUUAUUUUACUUCUGUUAAUAUUCGUGUCGAUUGCAGGUAUCUUGUAUAAAUUCCAAGAUGUCUUGCUCUACUUUCCAGAACAGCCAUCCUCUUCCCGCCUUUAUGUUCCCAUGCCCACGGGUAUUCCACAUGAGAACAUUUUCAUCAGAACCAAAGAUGGAGUCCGCCUGAAUCUGAUCUUGGUAAGAUACACUGGAGACAAUUCCCCCUACUCCCCGACUAUAAUUUAUUUUCAUGGGAAUGCGGGCAACAUAGGCCACAGGCUACCAAAUGCCCUGCUUAUGCUGGUGAACCUCAAAGUCAAUCUCGUGCUUGUUGAUUAUCGGGGCUACGGGAAAAGUGAAGGAGAAGCCAGCGAAGAAGGCCUAUAUUUGGACUCUGAAGCUGUGCUAGACUAUGUGAUGACUAGGCCUGACCUCGAUAAAACAAAGGUUUUCCUUUUUGGCCGCUCCUUGGGAGGAGCAGUGGCCAUUCACUUGGCCUCUGAGAAUUCUCACAGGAUUUCAGCCAUCAUGGUGGAGAACACGUUCCUAAGCAUACCGCACAUGGCCAGCACUCUUUUUUCCUUCUUCCCGAUGCGUUACCUUCCCUUGUGGUGCUACAAGAAUAAGUUUCUGUCCUACAGGAAGAUCUCCCAGUGCAGGAUGCCUUCUCUCUUCAUCUCUGGCCUCUCUGACCAGCUGAUUCCGCCCGUGAUGAUGAAGCAGCUCUAUGAGCUCUCCCCCGCCCGGACUAAGAGACUAGCCAUUUUCCCAGACGGGACGCACAACGACACGUGGCAGUGCCAAGGCUACUUCACUGCGCUCGAACAGUUUAUCAAGGAAGUGAUCAAGAGUCACUCUCCUGAAGAUAUGGCGAAAACAUCAUCCAAUGUCACGAUUAUCUGAGGCCACGCUCCAGACGGAUGCAGAAUGACAAUGUGCUUUCUGGGUGUGUGUUCAUACUGGUCUACACGGUGACUAAGCUUUGAAAGGCCUCAGGACUCCAUUCUGAUGAUCCUGCAACUUUCCAUAUUUUCCGAACUGGCCUUCUCGAGAAUGAUAGUCCAUCAGAACUCCAGCCUGGUGAAAUACCCUUAGCUCUAGUUUAACAUGCUGGUUUGAUAGAGGUCAUCCAAAAGUUUCUUGUUGGUUAAGUGAUAAAAUCUAUGUUGUACUCAGAUGGAGACGUGAACAAGCACCCUUCAGGUGUCAUUCCUUUAGUAAAUAUUGGGACAAUCACGGUAAGCAAGCCUGGCGAUACUGCGUUUUUACCUUAAGCAUUAAGAUGAAGUGCAUGGUGGUGUUUUAUUCUUAUGCAAUGCGAUAUUUUUAAUGUAAAUAAUACUGGUCACAUGCCAAUGUGUAUGACCUCCUGGGUUAUAUCUAUUUUCAUGUAAACUAUUUUGUUCCGGUGAGGGAUGAGUGUGAGGCCUGUGAUGGAUUCCAUGCUCUGCUGCUGCUGAGAUCCGCCUUUUCCUAAUAAUAAACAGGACCAUUUUCCGAUA